AUGUCUACAACUCUGGGUUAUGUCAAAACUAUAUUAGAACAAAUGGUUGCCAUUGACAGUCAGUCGUCAAACGAGAAUCAUGAAGAAAUUACACAUUACAUGACUUCUUUAUUAGAAAAUGACCUUGGCUUAAUUGUUGAAGUUGUUCCUUACUCAAAAAACCCACAUAAACAUAAUAUCAUUGCCUAUAAAAGACUUGGAUUUAAAGUUGUCCUCUGUGGACAUCUUGACACAGUCAACAUUGGAUCUGGAUGGACAAAAGAGCCACUCAAAUGCACAACCGAAGUAGUUGAUGAUAAGACAUAUAUCUAUGGAAGAGGAACAUCAGACAUGAAAGGAGGGAAUGCUGUCAUUAUUGCAACAUUAAAGAGACUGAUUGAAAAUAACAAUAACAUUGAUGACAUUGCCAUAUUCUUUUCUACAGAAGAAGAGGUUGGAGUUCGUGGAUGUCAAGACUUUAUGGUUUCACAUAGACACAUGUUUGAGUCAGUUGAGACAUUUGUUGUACUUGAACCAACAAAUCUAUAUGUUGGGUCUGGACAAAACGGACAUUAUUGGGUAAAGUAUACUUGUCAUGGAAAGUCAGCUCAUGGGUGUAUGCCUCAAGAUGGACUUAAUGCAAUAGACGGGAUGGCAGAUUUAAAUUGUGUAUUAAAAGAGGCAAUUACAGCACCAGAUCUCAAUGGACAUGUUAUAUUAAAUAUAGGAACUAUUGAAGGUGGAGAUAAAGUUAAUAUAGUUCCUGACCUUUGUAUUGAAACUGUAGAUUAUAGAUUCUCUCCAAACGUAUUUGAUAAGCAUUUAGAAGAAAUUAUUAAGAAAGUAAUUGACCAAAUGAAUGAAAUAUCAUAUGCUCAAUAUGAAUAUGAAUUUAUCAGUAAAAUAUCAGCCAUUAAAUGUAGAUCAACAAAUGUAUUAUUAAACAAACUAAGUGAGUAUAUGAAAUCUAUUAAUCAGUUUAAAGAAGUUUCAUUACCUUAUGGAUCUGAUGCAGCUGUCUUUAAAAAAGAAUUUCCUUCUUCAGACUUCAUUAUUUUUGGUCCUGGGACUGUUGAACAAAUGCACAAAACAGAUGAGUUUGUUGUUCUUGAACAUCUCAAUAUAGCGAUAGAAGCACUUGUAACGGCAUUAAAGGGAAGAUAA